UCUCUUCUCAGUUUUGUGCUCCGUUUCACUCUUAAUGCAUUGGUUUUGUUUUCAUGCUCUCGUAAAUUAGAAACUCCGCUGUUUCUGUUAUAUGUAAAUGCGUGCGUGUGCGCCCGCACAUAUCUAUAUAUAUAUAUAUACACAUAUAUCCAUAUGCAGUUAAAAUAACAACAAAACGUAGAUGAAAAUAAAACCCGAUUAAAUAAUAAACUUUUCAAAAAUAGAUAAAGACGAGAGAAGAAGCACUUCUUUCUUUUUUCUCAACAAACAACUAAAAUUCGCAAAAAGAAAUAUAAAAAGAAGAAAAAAAAAAACGGAAAAACAGAAAAAACUAAAUACUGAACAACAACAACUACAGCUGAAAAUUGAACAAUCAACAUAAUGGCGGAUUUUGAUUUAAAUGUUGACAGCUUAAUACAACGCCUGCUGGAAAAUUAUAAAAAACAAAAAGAGGACGAAGAACAAGCACAAAAAAUAUACGUGGCUGAACAACUAUUAAAAUUGAAAAAGGAGGCAAAAUCACCGGACAGCCCAGAUGAUUUGCAAGAACAAGAACGCCGACUAAUACAAGAAUGUUCAUUAACACCUGCAAGCGAAACAAUGAUAUCGGCUGAUGGUGAUCAGAUAACGGUACAUCAUCCGCAAGAGCUUACGAAAAAAUCGAAAAUAAAAUUACGGGAUUUCUUUGUGAACGAAUUCGUGAGGAGUUGUCGUACCGGCAAAUCAGUACAAAUGUCUGAAUCGGAAGUGCGUGGUUUGUGUUUGAAAUCCCGUGAAAUAUUCCUACAGCAACCCAUUCUUCUUGAACUGGAGGCUCCUUUAAUAAUAUGCGGUGAUAUACACGGUCAAUAUACAGAUCUCUUGCGCUUAUUCGAAUAUGGCGGUUUUCCACCGGCAGCCAAUUACCUCUUCUUAGGCGAUUACGUUGAUCGAGGCAAGCAAUCAUUGGAAACGAUUUGUCUGCUGUUGGCCUAUAAAAUUAAAUAUCCCGAGAACUUCUUUUUGUUACGCGGCAAUCACGAAUGCGCCAGUAUUAAUCGUAUUUACGGCUUCUACGAUGAAUGUAAACGACGUUAUAACGUAAAGUUAUGGAAAACAUUCACAGAUUGUUUUAAUUGUCUGCCAGUGGCUGCUAUUAUUGAUGAAAAAAUAUUUUGUUGCCAUGGCGGUUUGAGUCCCGAUUUACAAGGUAUGGAACAGAUAAGACGUUUAAUGCGUCCUACGGAUGUACCCGAUACCGGUUUAUUGUGCGAUUUAUUAUGGAGCGAUCCCGACAAAGAUGUGCAGGGCUGGGGUGAGAACGAUCGCGGCGUUAGUUUUACAUUUGGUGCCGAUGUUGUAUCGAAAUUUUUGCAUAAACAUGAAAUGGAUCUAAUAUGCCGUGCUCAUCAGGUCGUUGAAGAUGGUUAUGAAUUCUUUGCCCGCCGUCAAUUGGUCACUUUAUUUUCGGCUCCCAAUUAUUGUGGCGAAUUUGACAAUGCUGGCGGCAUGAUGACUGUGGAUGAAACGUUAAUGUGCUCAUUCCAGAUUCUAAAGCCCUCCGAAAAGAAAGCCAAGUAUAUGUAUAGCGGCAUGAAUUCAUCACGGCCGACAACACCGCAACGUAACGCUCCACUUAUAGCAACGAAUAAAAAGAAAUAAUACAUCCAUCCGCUUCCAUUUCCUUAAAAGUUAUUAAAUUAUUAUAUACAAAUUAAAUAUGAUAACAUACACAAAAGCAGUAAUAAUAAUUAUAAUAAUA